AUGGGACAGAACUUGCAUUGGGAGCAUGUUCUCAGUCAUGAUAUGAUGAUAUAUCCAUACCCAAACUUGUCAACCAACGGUUAUAUCGUGCAGACACAAAGCUCUUCCUCUCUAAACUCUAUUGCAGUCAUGGCCUCCAACAAUACGUGGCCCGCAUCUGUAAUCCCAGACUGGUAUACUGAAAGUUCAGGAGCAAACCUUCUGAAAACCACACAGAUAACCAAUAUCCACACUCGCAACUUUUCAAGCGGCACUUACAUUCCUGAAGUCGGACCACAUCUAUCAUCCGAAGACUUAGGACCUCUAAUCCUACGAAUCGAAGUUGGCAGCGGCAAAGAACCAGGAGGAACCAUCACCUUCCAAAUCCACGCCAAACUUCUCUAUACCAAAAUUCCCGUAUUCGAAAAUAUUAUCGCCGACACUUCACAAGAGAUCCUCGACCCUGUUAAGGAACUUCCCGAUGCUAUCUUGUCUGAUGAAGACCCGCAAGCAUUCAAAUUACUCGUCGGCUGGAUCUACACUGAUAAAAUCGAUAGUGAACUUGGAAAACCCGCAAGUAAUCUUACACCCACAUCUUCUACUUCCUCCCUCCAAGGACUAUGUAUGUCAAUGAAACUACCAAUAUUAUUCAAACUCUGCAUCAUGGCCGAAAAAUAUAAGAUUACUCGUCUUCAAGAUGAAUCUAUCAAUUUUCUCAUCAAAUUCAUGAUUGAUACGAAAGCAAAAGCUAAUCCUUCCUGCUGGUUGGAGGUCUAUAAACAUACUAUUCCUCAGUCAAAACUAAGGCUUUUGAUCUCCCGUGUUGCGGUGUGGCAAUUGUUUCAAGAGGGUGGUUGUGAUGGUGUCGGUAAUUUGGAGCUGGAAUCUAUUUUUUCUCGUAGUGAGGAAUUGCGUUUUGAUGUAUUGGCUCUGGCGGAUGGUAGUAUGGGUGGUGUUCCUGAAGAUCCGUUGUUGGUGCCGGGUUGUGAGUAUUAUCGCGAUUUAGUUGAUGGAUGA